AUGGACACAGGUGAGAAUAACAUGUCCGGUUUGAUACCAACGGGUAAAAUCGAAGAAAUGGAUACUAGUGAAGCGCCGACGAGGAACCAUGAUUGGGAAUUAUUAAAGAUGAGGAUAAUUAGCGUAUUCCAGUUGGACAAAAUGAGCCCAGAUUGCGAAGAAGCGUAUGCCGAUGCAAUAUUGACAAUUCACGGCUUCGAUUUCAAUGAGCAAGAUGAGAUUUUUCAAUCAAUAAUCGCUGAAACCAUCGCCGGUGUGAUAUUCGCCUCGCCGUGCACCUCAACGGAACCCAUCACGGGACCAUCAUUCGGAAAAGACCUUUGCUAUCCGGAACUCGACACCGUGUUUGGGACGAAAUCGCACCGGGCCCUUCAGUUUUUGGUCACCGCCGCCGCCAAUUUGAGUGCCGAAAUGCGAAAAACCGACGGCGGCGAAUCGGAGCGACGAGUUUUCGAGAUUAUUGAUCGAGCUGUGCUCUCCAAUAUCAUUUCACUUCUACGCGGGCAUUAUGAACCAAUGCUCAACGGCCACGACGCGCGAAUCUCACUGGUGCAUCGCAUCUACAUGGAACUUCUAUCCGAAGCGACUCUCGUCAAGAUCGUCGCAUUCUGCACUGAUCGCAACCAUUCGGAUGUCGAUGCCCUGUCGGAGGUGUUCAAUCCGAUUCUCGACAUGCAACGAAUCGCGAUGACCGCUCAACACCUCGAACUCGAUAAAGAUCACUCAAUGUACCUGCUUUAUCGUUGCCUUAUAAGGCUUCUCAGUGUCAAAGUGGGACAAACGCGUCCGAUAUGUGAUCUGUUAGUUAGUCGCAAGGAUUUCCAUCAUACGCCAUUUAUGGAGAUGUUUGAAGGAAGAGAAGUGGCGCACUUCUCGUAUUUGGGACCAUUUUUCAGUUUCGGUGUGCCGGCGGAAGAUCAAAAAAUCUAUAAAAAGGCUUUCAAAGGAUACGAGAAGCCGAACGCCGACAAAUCGGCAUAUAUGCUCGAAACGCGGCAAUACCACGAACGCGCCCAAGUAGUCCGAUCGUAUCUACGCCAAAUCAUGCACCAAUUAUUGGUGAACGCGAACACCCGAAGCGCCACACUCAAAUGGCUCGGCGACGUGUUGGUGCGCAAUCGGAAAAAGGCGAACAUGCACUCGAACUCGUUCGAAUUGGUCAAAAAUCAAUAUAUAGUCAAUCUUCUCUAUGUCAUGUAUGAGCUUUCCGUGAAAAUUGAGCUCGACAAGGUUAAUGUUUAUUAUCCAUUCCAACCGAACACAUUGGUUGAUGUUAGUGAGCGAACUCGAAUCAAAAUGACUGAAAUUGAAGCCAAAGAGUUUGCGGCGAAAUUUGAAGCGAAUUCAGAAGAGAAAUUCACGACGGAAUGCUUCUUUCUGACGAUUGAAUGCCAACGAUUGGUGUUCAAUCCGAUUCAGGACGCCAUCGAUAAUUAUUCGAGAGUUAUUGGCGAAUUGCGUCGAAAAAUUGAAAGUAUGAAAGAGGAAAUCGAGAAGUCGCACGCGAUGGUCCGGCAACAACUUGAGAUGAAGCUUAUGAAGACUGAAACGAGGCUUGAGAAUUAUUGCAACUAUUUGAAUUGUAUGAAAUGUCUCAUUAAUGAUCCGGCAUUGAUCGCCAGCGCUUUGGAUUUCAUUGAGAAACAAUUGGUGCUGCUUAUCAGAUCGAUUGAUCCGACAUGGUAUGAUUUGAUUAAUCGGACUAUUCGUCCAUUCAUGCCAUCAGCUCAAAAUCAUUUCAGCGAUGUCGCCGGCGCCGUUGAGAACAUGAAGUUCUUCGAUGAGGCUCCCGAACAUUUCGCCGCGUUGCCCGAAUUCUAUUUGAGCGACGUGCUUCAUUUGCUCAAAAACGCGCAACAGAACGCGCCCGAAUUUCUGCAGGAGCGACGAAACGACUGGACCGGCCAACUCGUUUAUCUGUUCGUCAAUAUGAAGUAUUUCAAGAAUCCGUUCCUGAUUGCCGACAUUGUCGAGACGCUGGCGUAUCCAUUGAUGUACAUGCAGAACACGCCGGGCAUCUUCUUCAACAUGUCGCGAAUGCCGCUCGCCCAGCAGCGAUUAUUGCCAGCCCUUAUCAAAUUCUACUCCGAUUUCGAGGAUAGCGGCGAUUUCUAUCAGAAAUUCACUGUUCGCCGACAUAUUCAUAUGAUAAUGAGCGCGCUCAACAUGGAUAUGCACUAUAAGAGUGCGCUUUUGGACAUAUCUAGGGAAUGUGGGCCGGAGUACAUUCGAUUUGUGAACAUGAUUCUGAAUGAUUGCACGUGGUGCAUUGACGAAUGCCUUUCGGCGCUGAAACAGAUUCACGAUAUUGAGAAACAAAUGUCAAGGACCGAUGAAUGGAAUGCGAGAAGCGACGAGGAUCGUGAGCAGAACAUUGGUGUCUAUGAGGAGGCGAGAAAGAAGGUCCGAGUAUGGCUUGAUUAUGGCUAUGAAUCGAUAAAAGCGCUCUCGCAAUUGGCUUCUGAAUGCCCGCAGCCGUUUAAGACGUCGGUGCUCGGCGAACGACUCGCGGCAAUGCUCAAUCACAAUUUGGCGCAGCUUUGCGGCCAAAAUUGUGCGGAUUUGAAGGUCAAAGACGCGCUCAAGAAUUACAAAUGGGACCCGCGAAAAUUUGUGAGCAUUAUUGUUGAAAUCUAUCUGGCGCUUCACAAUCCCGAAUUUAUCAAAUAUAUUGCCUAUGACGAGCGUACUUAUACGCCGACGAUGAUGGAAAAGGUGUUGGAUCGCAUUGAAUCGGCGUCGAUCGUCUCGAUGAGCUAUUUGGAGCGAUUCAAACGGCUCGCCGAUGAUGUCAAAGCCGAGUACAAUGCGAAAGCGGAGCUUGAAGAGGAUUUGGAUGAUGCUCCUGAAGAAUUUAAAGAUCCGAUUAUGGAUGCGGUGAUGACGGAGCCGGUAAAAUUGCCGUCGGGACACAUUAUGGAUCGGAGUGUCAUCGAGCGACACCUGCUCAGUACACCCAAUAACCCUUUCAAUCGCGCGCCGCUCAACAUCAAUGAAGUUGUUCCAGUACCGGAACUCAAGGCGAAAAUUGAUGAGUGGAUUGCUGAAAAGCGAAAAGCUCGUCGUUAG